AGUGGCCACUUGUAUAAUCGCUCCCCUGGAAUUGAUGUAAAAUCCGAUCAAAACAUUCCAUCGGCUGGAUCCAAGUCUAAUGAAAUCUCCACAUGCGAUCAGAAAUGACUUCGUAUUGGUGGAUCGUCAUCACACUAUAUCGCUAUCUAGUUUUUAUGCAUGUCUUGAGGUCUGUGAAACCAGCCGAUAUUUUCACUUCAAAAGCCUCCAUGUCGGUCUGCAGCUGUUAAAUCUGAACUCUGUACACGCAUAUAUAACGUGCAGCGGACAACAAGGCUUUAGGAUUGAUUAUACUGUGCAUGGGAAUUCAUAAGCGACCGUGAAAUACGAUUGUAACGCAUUGCAGAAUGCGCGCAUUUUUUGAGAGCGGUGCAGAUACAAGCAGGUGCACAAUGUUUGCCUAUUUUAUUUAUUUAUUUAUUUAUUUUUCUUUAUAUGUAAUAUCGUGAAAGACUUACAGUAACUAGCCCGCGGGUUAUCGUACCAGGUCAUCACUAUAAUUCAGAUUGAGAUCUGUAAAGAUACUAAAUAAAUCUAAAUUAAGCGGCUUAUUUCAUUUUUAACGUUACGCCCUAGAACUGUUUCUGUAUCUUUGUUUUUAAUUACUUAAAAACGUUGUCGUCUUCACUUCAAGCUUUUACUUGAAGAAGUAUGCGAGACUCGCUAGUGACGGCAGCCGUCCCACCGCUCCAGCUGAGCUCUAUAGACAUUGCCAUGGACGCCCCCGAGUCAAGGAGCUCCCUCCGCGGGGAUCCUCCAGCCUCGCCCGCUUCAGAGACCCCGAGCCUGGACGCGGCUUCCUCGCCGCCGCAGACCCUCCGCUCUCGCCGAUCGCCGCCCUUCUCUUGCGGGCUGCCGUUCUCGGUGGAACCCGUACUGUUCCUUUCCAUGUUCUCCUUGGCCCUGCAGAUGCCGCUCUGCACUCAGUAUCUGUGGGACCGCAUCAGCGCAGACCUGGGCUACAACGGCACUCGAGGUGGAGGAUGCACCAACCACACAGGGCCCCCGGACCCGCUGCAGAAGGAAGUGGAGACCCUGACGGCUCACUGGAGCCUCUAUAUAAACCUGGGUGGCUUUGCGGUGGGGCUGUUUUCCGUGACGCUGCUGGGUCCCUGGAGUGACCGAGUGGGGCGCCGGCCGGUCCUCAUCUUCCCAAGCCUGGGCAUGGCGCUGCAGGCCGGGGUGUACCUGCUGGUGAUGUACCUGCGGCUGCCCGUGGCCUGGUUCCUGCUGGGCCGCCUCCUGAGCGGGCUGAGCGGGGAUUUCAGCGCCGUGCUGGCUGGCUGCUUCGCCUACGUGGCCGACACCAGCGACCGGCGAUCGCGCACGUUCCGCGUGGCCGUUCUGGAGGCCUGCUUGGGGGUGGCUGGGAUGCUGGCGAGCAUUGUGGGGGGUCAGUGGCGGCGGGCACAGGGUUACAUCAACCCUUUCUGGUUAGUCCUGGCCACCAAUCUGGCCACAGCUCUCUAUGCCUACCUUUUCGUGGCAGAGUCGGUGGCACCCGAUAAAGAAGCCCGGCUGUUCUCCGCCGAGCAUUACAAGGCGGUUUACAGGCUGUACCGCUCCCCUGGGGAGCAGGGUCGGCGGCCCAAGCUGUGGCUCUAUGCCGUCUCCCUGUUCGUUGUGGUCACCGUCCACUUCGGAGCCAAGGACCUGUACGUGCUGUAUGAACUGAGCUCGCCUCUGUGCUGGGGCUCUGCCCUGAUUGGCUACGGCUCGGCCGCGGAGCACCUGACUUACCUUAGCAGCCUGGCCAGCCUGCGGGCUCUGCAGGUGUGUCUGGAGGACACUUGGGUGGCCAUCAUUGGCCUGGUCUCCAACAUUGCUGGCUUGGUGGUCAUCUCGCUAGCCAACACCAUGGCACUCAUGUUCACAGGUUACGGCUUACGUUUCCUCGCCAUGGCAACAACCCCUGUGCUCCGGUCGAAGCUGUCCAAGCUUGUGGAUGUUUCUGAGCAAGGAGCUCUGUUCGCCUCUGUGGCCUGCAUAGAAAGCCUGUGUUCGCUGGUGUCGACAGGCUUCUUCAACUCUCUGUACCCUGCCACUCUGCACAUCAUGAAAGGGCUCCCCUUCCUGGUUGGGGCGUGGCUACUCGUCAUCCCCGCUGCUAUCAUUGGCGCUGUGAGGUGCAGGGAGGUAGACCGCGAUUACCAUCUCUUCUCAGGUGGGUCCUGAACGGGUCGCUGUGAGCCAGUGGCCAUUUGAUUUGUCAGAAGACGACACCCGGCCCAGCCUGGUAACCAAUCAAUGUUGAACCACCAGCCGUGACACGAGCGGUAAUCAGGAACUUCACCAAUCAGACAGGUGGAGAAAAACUGACUAACCAAUCAGUAACAGCCAAAAAAAAAAAGGUCUUUGUCCAAUUUGAAUAAGUUGAAUCAGAAUAUGAGAUGGUAAAAAGAAAGGAAACGGCCUGUUGACACUCAGCAGUGAACUGGUUAAAGUACAGAACAGAGCUUGACCAGGUGCCUCCACUGGACUCAUAAUCAUCAGGAACAUUUCUUCUGAUCCACGCUUUCUUAGUGGCUGAUAGACUGCCCUUGUUUGGGAUGCACAGAUCCAGCUAGACUGCAGCCUGGAGUCGUGGGGGAAGCCUGUCACAUUAGAUAAGCGCUGAGCAACAGGAAUCCUCCUGCUGCAGUAUUGAAAUAGCGAGCCUGCCUCGCUUACCAAACGAACAGGCUCUACCUGCAGUGCAAAGGAGAAGUAUUGUUAAGAUGAGCAAGCAGGGUUGCAAAGGACAGAGACCUCUACAGCGAUCUCUACCUCUCAUUCUCCAUCUCAUAUCAUUUAACCAUUAUUUUACAUAUUGCACUAUAUUGUGAGUAUCAAUAAUGUAAUAAAUACAACAUACGUUUCA